AUGAUCCAACUGGAUAGUCAGGUGACAACUAGUUUAUUCUGGGCUUAUGAACAUUUUAAGUGUCCUCGUAAGUUUACUGUUUUGGAAGACAAGAAAAUUGUGGACACAUCAGAUGCGAACUUACCGCUAAGUUGUUUAAAAACUGUGAUCAAGUCACCUCUGGUUCUUCUAUAUGACAAUGAGAAUUGGUUUAGUUUGGCCAGUCUGCUAUCAUACAGGAGCUUCUCUAUUCCGAGGAUCAGUUUAGUUGCAGUUCUUCGAACCUUUUCCAACAGCUCACUCUCUUUAGGCAGGGACUAUCUGCUUGCAUGCAGUGCUAGAGUUUAG